AUGCACCUCAGAUCUCCACAACCUGAUAAUCUGAAGGUGAGGUCUGCCCCACAGGUGUGGACAGUGUGGGGGUCUGCCCCACAGGUGUGGACAGUGUGGCGGUCUCCCCCACAGGUGUGGACAGUGUGGCGGUCUCCCCCACAGGUGUGGACAGUGUGGCGGUCUCCCCCACAGGUGUGGACAGUGUGGCGGUCUCCCCCACAGGUGUGGACAGUGUGGCGGUCUCCCCCACAGGUGUGGACAGUGUGGCGGUCUCCCCCACAGGUGUGGACAGUGUGGGGGUCUCCCCCACAGGUGUGGACAGUGUGGCGGUCUCCCCCACAGGUGUGGACAGUGUGGCGGUCUCCCCCACAGGUGUGGACAGUGUGGCGGUCUCCCCCACAGGUGUGGACAGUGUGGCGGUCUCCCCCACAGGUGUGGACAGUGUGGCGGUCUCCCCCACAGGUGUGGACAGUGUGGCGGUCUCCCCCACAGGUGUGGACAGUGUGGCGGUCUCCCCCACAGGUGUGGACAGUGUGGCGGUCUCCCCCACAGGUGUGGACAGUGUGGCGGUCUCCCCCACAGGUGUGGACAAUGUGGCGGUCUCCCCCACAGGUGUACAUGAGAAGUGAUAGAUUUCUAUUAAGAUUGCAAACAUGUACAUAA